GUGUGUGCUGCUCCGCCGUCCGUCAGUCAGCCGCUGUUUGAAUGCGAGUAGCGGCUGGAGUCCUCACCCAGCCCGUGCACCGCAACCAGCAGCACUGUUCUCGUGUCUGCGCGGUUCUGACUUCAUCCAGCGGGGUUGUAACGGACUAAUGAGCUCUCCAUUGUCCCUCGUUGUGGCUGUGUGAGCGGCUGGCGGAGGACUGACAGGCGGCUUUUUGUGUGUGGCAUGUGAGACAGACAAGAGAGACCGAGGCGUGUUCGUGUCUCACGGAUGUUACGGGGGAAAGAAGAGGGGGAAGAAGCUUUUCCUUCAUUUUUCAUGCUGCCUGUGAAUGUGACUUUAUCUGCACCGCUCGGGUUCAGCAGGACAUGACGGAGGACGGCUGCCGGGUUUUUUUUAAUUUUUUUUUUUUUAUGUUGGGCUCUUGCUAGCUGUUGAAUGGCAAGCACUCAAAGACUAAGAUGAACAAUGACUGUGGGGCUCAGUAGUUGUGUUCAGAUGCUCCCGUGCGACCGUCGAGGUCUUUUUUAAAACGUGCAGCGAGUGUACGCGGUUUUAUUCGUGUGAAGGAAGAGCUAACACACUGAAACGCAAAAGGGAGGCUCAGUUCAGGCGCGGCCAGGCGAGCCAACAAUGCGGAUUACCUCUUGACUGUUUUGCCUUUGUGUCAAUACAGACUUGUUUGUAUAAAGUUGAGAUAACACUCGCAGGACAAACAGACGGCCCUUCUCCAUUUAUCGUUUUUAUGUUAUUGUCCUGGAAGAGGAGACGAUACAUUGACGUGUGGUACAACCCCCCCACCCCACAUGUGCACAGGUUGUCCGUGAAGCUGCAAACUGACUGAACACAGAGCAACAGGGACAACGAUGGCCAACGACUCCAUACAAAGCGACCCAGGUGGGCUGUCGGUUCUGGAGCAGCUCGGCCUGGACCAGAACUCAGAUUUCUCCGACUCCAGUGUGCAGCAGCUUCUGGAUGAACAGCGCGAAAGGAUCCGCCGAGAGAUUCGCAAGGAGCUGAAAAUCAAGGAGGGAGCCGAGAACCUACGCAGGGCGACGACUGACAAGAGGAAUGCUCAGCAGGUGGACAGCCAGCUGCGGUCUUCUAACCGCCGGCUGGACAACCUCCACGCUCAGCUGCAAGAACUGGAUGCUCACAUUGUGGUGAAGGGAGGAGAGGAGAAUAAAGAUGAGUGUCCUCAGUCUCCCGGGGCAGAGAGCCGUACGUCAGCCCACAAGGAACGCAUCGCUGCCCUGGAGAGACAGCUCAACAUCGAGCUCAAAGUCAAACAGGGAGUUGAAAACAUGAUCCCCGUCUACUCCAACGGAUCCACCAAGGACAAGAAGAUGCUGCAGACGGCCCAACAGAUGCUGCAGGAUAGUAAGACCAAAAUUGACAUCAUCCGCAUGCAAAUCCGCAAAGCUGUGCAGGCCACUGAGCACAAUGAUGACACACAGGGUAACCAGGACCUGUGCGGGAUGGAGCUACGUAUUGAAGAGCUGAGGCAUCACUACAGGGUGGAGCAUGCUGUGGCUGAGGGGGCCAAAAACGUGCUCAGACUCCUGGGGGCCAGCAAGGUCCAGGACAAGAAAGCCCUGUCUGAGGCGCAGUCCCGUCUGAGCGAGGCGUCUCAGAGGUUAGACCUGUUAAGGGACUCUCUUGACCAGCGUCUGGCAGAGCUACCAGAGGAUCAUCCCAAGGCCAGUGUCAUCAAAGAGGAGCUGGUCCUGGCUUCCUCACCUGCCUUCAGCUCUCGCCACGGAGCCCCUUACCUCCACAACCAAUACAGCACCCUCAACAAGCCCUCACCUCUCACUGGUACCCUACAGGUGCAGCUGCUGGGCUGUGUGGGGUUGUUGGAGGUGGUGCCAGGUCGCAAUAAGGGGACAGCUGUCAUGCUGCCCUGCCACAGCCCCGGAGACACCAGGUCAUUCAUGAGGGGUAGCAAGGGGCUGUACGGACGGAGCGGCUCCGUCAGCGGGAAGACGCCCAGCAAGAAUGACGAGCUCUCCUCUGAGGUGAGUGCAGUGCUGAAGCUGGAUAACACAGUGGUUGGCCAGACAGCUUGGAGGACUGUGGGAGAACAGGCUUGGGAUCAGACCUUCACUGUGGAGCUGGAAAGGUCAAGGGAAAUGGAGAUGGCAGUUUACUGGAAGGACUACCGCUCGCUGUGUGCUCUGAAGUACGUGAAGCUGGAGGAGUUCCUGGACAACCAGAAACACAGGGUUCAGCUGGAGCUGGAGCCUCAGGGCCUGCUGCUGGCUGAGGUGACCUUCUUCAACCCGGUCAUCGAGAGGGUUCCUCGCCUUCAGAGGCAGAAGAAGGUGUUUUCUAAGCAGCAAGGCAAGGCAUUCCUGCGAGCUCGUCAGAUGAACGUGGAUAUCGGGACGUGGGUCAGGCUGCUUCGAAAUGCCAUUCCCACCGUCAACAACUCAGGAACCUACAGUCCCAAUGCACACAGCCUAACACUCAACUCUGGGGAGGUCUCAGUGGAGAAGUUGAGUCUGGACAGCGACUCUCCGAUAAGAGGCGAUUACAAGAGAGACACGGACACAAACACCCCGGACCGACUGCCAGUCAUCGAGCCCUUCUCCCCCCCAGACCUCACCCCCGAGUGCCCUGUCCGAUCCCCAUCUGUCAGCAGUAAGCAGAGGAAAGGUCCUCUGUCUCUGCAGGACUUCAGACUCAUUGCUGUUUUGGGCAGGGGACACUUUGGGAAGGUGUUGCUGUCAGAAUACAAGAAGACGGGCACGAUGUACGCCAUCAAAGCCCUGAAGAAAGGAGACAUUGUAGCUCGGGAUGAGGUGGAAAGUCUGAUGUGCGAGAAGCGCAUCUUCGAGAUUGUGAACAUGUCACACCAUCCCUUCCUGGUCAACCUGUUUGCGUGCUUCCAGACUCCAGAGCAUGUGUGUUUUGUGAUGGAGUACACAGCAGGAGGCGACCUGAUGAUGCACAUCCACACAGAUGUCUUCACAGAGCCACGAGCCGUGUUUUAUGCAGCUUGUGUAGUUCUUGGACUUCAGUUCCUCCACGACCACAAGAUUGUGUACAGAGACCUCAAGCUUGACAACCUGCUGCUUGACACAGAUGGUUAUGUGAAGAUUGCAGACUUUGGACUGUGUAAAGAAGGGAUGGGCUUUGGUGAUCGGACCAGCACGUUCUGUGGGACUCCAGAGUUUUUGGCCCCAGAGGUCCUUACGGAUACAUCCUACACCAGGGCAGUAGACUGGUGGGGCCUGGGGGUCCUCAUCUAUGAAAUGUUGGUGGGAGAGUCUCCAUUCCCAGGAGAUGAUGAGGAGGAGGUGUUUGACAGCAUUGUGAACGAUGAAGUCCGCUAUCCACGUUUCCUGUCCACUGAGGCUAUUGGCAUCAUGAGAAGGCUGUUGAGGAGGAACCCAGAGAGACGACUGGGCUCUGGUGAAAAAGAUGCAGAGGAGGUAAAGAAGCAGCCAUUUUUCAGAAACAUGGACUGGGAGGCGCUGCUGCAGAGGAAAGUGCCACCUCCUUUCGUCCCCUCCAUCGGCGGCAAGGAAGAUGUCAGCAACUUCGACGAGGAGUUCACCACUGAAGCGCCAGCGCUUACACCUCCGCGUGAGCCUCGCGUGCUCUCCCGCAAAGACCAGGACAGCUUCCGGGAUUUUGACUACGUCUCUGACCUCUGCUAGUGGGGAUGGGUGGGGGCUCAAAGACUUCGAGGAAUGUUUGAUGUGGAAGGCUUCAUGGCGGUCGUGCCGGAGCGGAUCGACAGUCUCUACAGACUGUCAGCUGACUGUUUGUCUGCCGUUAACUACACUGUGAAUGAAUGUGGAGAGACCGGAAGCAGUCGGUCUUUGUUUUGUGUGUCUGCUGGGUUUCAAAGAUGGAGGACUGAGAAAAUAAAAGCUGGGAGGGACAAAAUGUUUUAUCAAAAUCAAAGGACAAAUGAAGGCCCCCUCUUCAAUCAUUGUACAACACACCAGUGACUUCAUUCAGUUUAUUUGUCACCUGUGCAGCUGUGAGAGGAGUGGCUCGCUGUCUCUUUGUACUGUUGACUGUCUGAGGCUUGCUUAAUGGCCUCUCAUACCAAUGCCUUACAUUUGUACUUGUAUUUGAUCCACAGAAAUGCAUUUUGUUGUUAUUUUGUGGCCCUUUAUACAGAGCAGCAGGAAGAGUGAUUAGAUGUGCUGCACAAAUACUCUCCAAAAAAAAAAAAAGCAUUAGAUUGUGAGAUUGGAAAUCGUGACGUUCAGAGUGUAUUUGUACGUAAAUGAUGAUGAACUUCUCUCAUGCUGACCCAUGCUAGGUGAAUUAUGAGUUAACUACGGGGUAAAGAAACCACUGUCUUAAUUUUCUUUUGGACUUUAACCAACUAUUCUUUUUUUUUUUUUUUUUAAAUGUGCUGCUUGGAUUUUAAUUUCAGCAACAGAUUUUACAAGUUGCAAAUACAUUGUAUUUUAGGUAACUUCUCAAUGCAUUACUCAUGACCCACCACACACUCUGUUUUCAUUGGAUAUACGAGUAUCCCAACCAAGCAGGUUAUUACAUUCGUUUAAAUUUAAAAGCAAAAAAGAAGAAAAAAAUCUGAACACUAAGACUUGAUGCACAUGCAACUUGUUGUCCAUUAUGGGUUUGAGACACAUUCAUCCAGUUAUCAAUAUGCUACCAUUUUUACUGUUUUGUGAACAUGAAGUAAGUAAUUUCCCUCUGAGACAAUUAUAUCUGACUUCAAACUGAACCAACACUGGCUCUUACAGUUGUUUUAGUGUCUGAAUUUAAGUUUUCAAAACUGUCUGUUGUGGUCAUGCAGGGUGUUUUGUUUCCAUCACAGUGAUAAAAUCAUCUUUGUUUUAGCCGAUAACCAAUAGAUAUCUUAGUGUUUUUUGUUUUUUUUUAAAAUCUGGAUGGCUCCACAAGCACACCCAACCUCAUUAGCCACUUUUCUACAGUAGAGCCAAUCAGAGCCUGCUGCAGUGAGUGCUGUCAUAGAUCCAAUACAUUAAAAAAAACGAUCAAUAUCAUCUGAGGGAAGCAGAAUGAUAAAUGUUGGAGAAUAUGAGCCGGUGUUAUAAACUUCUAUGACACUUGAGCUUCUCUGAGUACAAGAGAGGUUUGUUGUGAAGUUGUAUGUAUGACGGCGUGGAUUUUACUUAUCUUGAGUAUGACAAUACAAAAACCAUGUGAGAGUACGAGAUGACUUAUUUUAUAAAGAAAACCUGGAGUGAA